AUGGUUGAACUCAAAGCCAUUGCUUAUUUAAAAUCUACAAGUGCUGAACGUUUUGUAUCCUUCACAUUCCAGGCCUGUAAAUUACUCUGUGACGACUAUGAACAAGUGCGCAGUGCUGCAGUCUAGCUUAUCUGGGUUGUCAGUCAGCUCUAUCCUGAAAGCAUUGUCCCAAUUCCUUCUUCUAAUGAAGAAAUACGCUUAGUUGAUGAUGCAUUUGGAAAAAUUUGUCACAUGGUCAGUGACGGCUCUUGGGUGGUUCGUGUUCAGGCAGCAAAACUGUUGGGCUCUAUGGAGCAAGUCAGUUCUCAUUUCUUGGAGCAGACCCUUGACCAGAAGCUGAUGUCAGAUCUGAGGAGGAAACGUGCUGCACAUGAGCAUGCCAAGGAACUUUACAGUUCAGGGGAGUUUUCCAGUGGCAGAAAGUGGGGAGACGAUGCUCCCAAGGAAGAAGUAGAUACCGGGGCUGUGAACUUGAUUGAGUCAGGAGCUUGUGGAGCUUUUGUUCAUGGGUUGGAAGAUGAGAUGUAUGGGGUUCGUAUUGCUGCUGUGGAGGCCCUCUGCAUGUUGGCCCAGUCUUCACCCUCUUUUGCUGAGAAGUGCCUUGAUUUCCUAGUUGACAUGUUCAACGAUGAAAUUGAGGAAGUACGUCUGCAGUCCAUACAUACCAUGAGAAAAAUCUCUAACAACAUCACCCUCCGAGAAGAUCAGCUUGACACUGUCCUGGCUGUGCUAGAGGAUUCAUCCAGAGAUAUUCGAGAGGCUCUUCAUGAACUCUUAUGCUGUACUAAUGUUUCAACCAAAGAAGGGAUUCAUCUUGCAUUGGUGGAGCUGCUGAAAAAUUUAACCAAGUACCCUACUGAUAGGGACUCCAUAUGGAAGUGCUUGAAGUUUCUGGGAAGUCAGCAUCCAACCCUGGUGCUACCCUUGGUGCCAGAGCUUCUGAGCACCCACCCAUUUUUUGACACAGCUGAACCAGACAUGGAUGAUCCAGCUUGUAUCCUCUUUAGGCUCAGGUUUCUGGGACUUUUGAUCCUCCUCAGUUUGCAGAUUUCACAAGCAAAUUAUUUUAUGUUUCUUUUCUACAGACUUUACCCCUUAUUUGGGAUGUGUGAAAAAUUUUUACAGGAAGUAGACUUUUUUCAGAGGUAUUUCAUUGCUGAUUUGCCCCACUUGCAGGACAGCUUUGUGGACAAACUCCUUGACCUUAUGCCCCGAUUCAUGACAUCCAAACCUGCAGAAGUGGUCAAAAUUCUACAGACCAUGCUGCGACAGAGUGCCUUUCUGCAUCUCCCACUUCCAGAGCAGAUCCACAAAGCCUCAGCCACCAUCACUGAGCCAGCGGGCGAGUCAGACAACCCUUUGCGGUUUACCUCUGGGUUGGUGGUUGCCCUGGAUGUUGAUGCAACCCUGGAGCAUGUGCAGGAUCCUCAGAACACUGUUAAGGUCCAGAAACCCCAGGCUCAGCCAGCAGAGAGAGGAGAAGCAGCUGGACAUUGGAGACUAUGAUUGGACAUUAGAGAGAAGGAGCUUGACUUCACAGAGAAAGCAUGAUGGAAUAAUUUCAGAGAAAAGUCUGGCCAGGGAUGACCAAACUUCAGGGGAAGAUAAUCUUGCUCAAUAUCCUUUUCUGCUCCCCUUCUUGCUGAGAGCCACUUUGAUUGGCAAUAAAAUAUCUCACAUUUACCAUCUUCAAUUUGUUCUUGCAACCUCAUUCCUCCUGGAUGCCAGACAAGAACUCAGGUACCAUGAGUAUGGGUGCAAAAGGCUAUCACACUGUCCCUCCACUGAGCUGUUAACACUUAAGCUAUCCAUGGACAGCAAAGCUAAAAGGGCACUGUAAGAGUCCUUCUGGGGUUUCAGAAGUCAUGAGCAUCCCCCAGAUGCUGCCAUGGGGCCAGUACAGAGUUUGCUCCUGCCAGGGUCCAAAAAUGUCUCAGCUCCUGCACCCAGUCACCUGCAUGCUCCCCCUCCCACAAGUGGUGGAGCACAGUGGGCUGAGUGAGUGGAGUUUGCCCCUGCCAGCACCCGUGCACU